AUGAACUUUUUAGUUGGAGCUUCCGAAAACGCUAUUUCUCUAGAGAAAUUGCGCGAAGUUCUUAUUCGACUUGAAGAUACAAUUAUAUUCGCUUUAAUAGAAAGAGCACAGUUCGCGCAUAAUGAGGUAAUUUAUAAACCGGGAAUGUAUAAAUAUGAAGGAAGUGAAGAAUUUAAUGGAAGCUUCUUAGAAUAUUUUUUACGAGAAUCAGAAAAAGUGCACGCAAAAGUGAGACGAUAUCAAAGUCCGGACGAAUAUCCGUUCACUCAUCCCCUCCCAGAUCCAAUUAUUCCACCUUUAGAAUACCCGAAAGUUCUUAAGAAAAAUGAUAUUAAUGUUAAUCCAAAAAUACUAAAAUUUUAUCUUGAACAUAUCGUUCCGGCUUUAUGCGUUCCUGGGACAGAUCUAAAUUAUGGUUCAUCAGCAACUAGAGAUGUCGCGUGCCUUCAAGCUUUAUCACAAAGAAUUCAUUAUGGAAAAUUUGUCGCAGAAGCAAAAUUUCGAGAUCCAAACCUUCAAUCAAAAUAUAUUGAGCAUAUAAAGUCUCGUAAUUCAGAAGCUAUUGAAGAAUUAUUAACUAAUAAAAAAGUCGAAGAAGCUUUAUUGAAACGUCUUAGACAUAAAGCUCUCAUUUAUGGACAAGAUGUUACAGAUUCUGGUUCUUUAAACAAUUCACCAAAGAUAAAUAUCGAUAUUGUUGUUGAAUUAUAUGAAAAGUGGGUAAUUCCAUUAACCAAAGAUGUUGAAGUCCAAUACCUUUUGUCACGACUUGACUAA